UUACUUCUUCAAUCAUGCAUGAAGGAGUUGAGCUCUCGAGCUCUGCUCUGGGCUGGCUAUCUGUCGCUUUAAGAGCGAUUUCCCCCCAUUGUCAAGUAGUCGUGAGCAGGAAGGGUGAAACGAAACCAGAGACCGAGCUAGGGGGCCGGAGCUGGUAUUUAAAAGCACGACGCAGCCGCUCAAUAACGGAACCGCGGUAACGUUCAUUCUCAGGACAGAGCGCGUCUGGAGAAGAAGGGAAUAUAAAUAAGAACUGAAGAGGAAGGGGAGACUCAGUCAAGCAACCUUUGCUGAUUUUAAUUAUUCUAGGGUUUGAAGACAUAUACACAGUCGCAAUUGAUUAAAAAAAUGCACUUCUGAAAGACGAAGGCUACACCGAAUUUCACCGCGGUUUCUCAAUUGCCUGAGGAAAUAUACAGAAUAGCCUCCAUCAUUGAAAAUGCGUCACAUGUCAGGAUGAUCUUCGUUGGACAUAGACUGCUGAUGGGAAUUAUGUCAUAUAAAAUGAAGGCAAAUUCCGCGCGCAACUGACGUCUAGGGCGACAUUAUAUCAGAGCAGGUGCAGUGUGUGUCCCUUCGACAUUUACCGUUAUACGCGUGUUCUGAAGAUUUAACUGUGAACGUGGUGUGGGCCUGCCAGACUGAUCACAGAGAAGAGAAGCGGGAACAUCUUGUUGUCAACCAGAGAAAUAAAACAUACUGGGAAAAUGUCAUCUGCAAUUGAAAGGAAGACGAUGGAGGCUAACGAGGAGCCGGUGGACGAGGUGUUACAGAUGGCCCCGUCCCUCCUGAACUGUGGGGGUUGCCAGCAGAGCAUCGGGGACAGGUUCUUCCUGAAAGCCAUAGAGAAGUACUGGCAUGAGGACUGUCUGAGCUGUGACCUGUGUGGCUGCAGACUGGGAGAGGUGGGACGAAGACUCUACUACAAACUGGGACGUAAGCUCUGUCGCAGAGACUAUCUCAGGCUGUUUGGACAGGACGGGCUGUGUGCUAGCUGUGAGAAGAGAAUCAGAGCGUUUGAGAUGACCAUGCGUGUGAGGGACAAGGUCUACCACCUGGAGUGUUUUAAAUGCGCGGCCUGCCAGAAACACUUCUGUGUCGGGGACCGUUACUUGCUCAUCAACUCAGACAUUGUGUGUGAGCAGGACAUCUUUGAGUGGACCAAACUCAACAACAUGGUUUAGCAGAUUCAUGAACACUCUAGAACAUUCUACAACACUUUAGAACACGUCAAAAACAUGGUGUAGAACACUCUAGAACAUUCUACAACACUCCAGAGCACCUCAAAAACAUGGUGUAGAAAACUCUAGAACAUUGUAGAACACAACGAUGAGAUGGUUUUGAUUGUGAUCGUGAUCUCUCCAUUUGGGAUCAACAGCAUGAUAAAAUAUCUCCAGAUGUACAGCAAGAUAAUAGAGCUCAAACUUUCGGACAAAGGUCCAGGCUCUCUUGUACCUCUCAAGUCUGUUAGAUGUUUGAAGAGAGUUGUUUCACCAUUGAUCUGUACUGGAGGCUAAAUGAAGGCUCGAUCCACCAGCGAAUGGAGAACUGUUUCAUUAUCUUGGGUUCCACCCUUUCAAUGCAAAAAAAAAAGGAAAAUGUAAUAAUGCAAUAAUCGAUGAGCUCAUUGCAGAAAUCUAAAUAUUUCUUGUAUCAUACAGUGUAAUGCUCAUUGAUUUGCUCAUUGAGCUAAAUGAUGAGCGAUGUCACUGGAAUUGGUUGUAGUCCAACACUGUUAUUUCACCUCUAGAGAAAUAUGUAUUAUGACAUUUGUUAUGAAUAUAUAUAAAGUGUUAUGUCCAAAAAGGUCUGGUCCAUUCCGAAGUAAUACAUUCAUAAAGUAAAGGUGUGGUCCAUUCCGAAGUAAUACAUUCAUAAAGUAAAGGUGUGGUCCAUUCCGAAGUAAUACAUUCAUAAAGUAAAGGUCUGGUCCAUUCCGAAGUAAUACAUUCAUAAAGUAAAGGUGUGGUCCAUUCCGAAGUAAUACAUUCAUAAAGUAAAGGUCUGGUCCAUUCCGAAGUAAUACAUUCAUAAAGUAAAGGUCUGGUCCAUUCCGAAGUAAUACAUUCAUAAAGUAAAGGUGUGGUCCAUUCCGAAGUAAUACAUUCAUAAAGUAAAGGUGUGGUCCAUUCCGAAGUAAUACAUUCAUAAAGUAAAGGUGUGGUCCAUUCCGAAGUAAUACAUUCAUAAAGUAAAGGUGUGGUCCAUUCCGAAGUAAUACAUUCAUAAAGUAAAGGUCUGGUCCAUUCCGAAGUAAUACAUUCAUAAAGUAAAAGUCUGUUUGGGGAGUCCGCAUGCGCCCCCUAGUGGCCAAGUUCAAAAGACAAGUUUCCAAUGUUUAUGUGUUUUGUAACUUUUCUUUUGUUUCAAUAUGGCUCAAAAACUUUGGGAUAGUUGUUAUAUAUAUAUCUGUUUAAUUAAACCCUCAUUAAAAUAUGUUACAUUUAGUAGA